AUAAGGGAGGGGACACGACGUCAAUAGAAGCAACUGCUAGGGGUGUAGGUAUAGUCUCGUGAAUAUGGGAAGGGUACAAAAGGCAAAAGAGAUGCUAGAAGUGGGGUAGAAUAACUGGAAUCGCGCGCACAUAUGAAGGGACAGGCAGGGAUGAGGCAGGUUUAGGGUGAUGUCAAGGAUGCGCACGGUUAGUGGUAACAGACGCGCGCGUGAGUACACUUGGACACGAGAGUGGGAGCGAAAGCUUAAGUGGAUACUGCGCGUAAGGGCAGACACUGCCACGAUAGGGGAGGACAGCGCGGAUAAAACUUACUGCCGUGGUCCGACGGCGCAACCGGCACCGUUGUUGCUAAAAUCUAAAAUGUGACUCGAGGCUCACCACGAGCCGCAACAGUGCCGAAUUCCAGUAGUUUAGAUCUAGAGCCCGUUUUCAAAAACGAACACAAAAGACUUGCGUGAGAUACAACAGAGAAAGAUACAGACAAUAUUUCUUCCUCCAAAGGCUUUCUUACAGUGCAGUUUAAUGUAAUUGUGUCGUAGUCCCUACCUGUAUUAUAAAACAACACAAACAACUGAGAAAUGUUUUAUGGCAGUCGUUUAUCAGAAAGAGUAUAGAAAACGCAACUGAGACUGAAGAAAAAAAUUAUCAACGACAUCGUGAAUUAAUCAUCUAAACGCGCUGAAAAUAAGAAUUUAAAAAAAAACUCUCCGGAGAAGAGUGACACGAGUUGACUACGAUGACGGAGUGUAAAGACCGUGAAUAGCUUUUUUACGGGCAGGAAUCACGUAGAGAAUAGUCCUGCCGAAAAGAGAGUUUUUGUUAGAUAAAUUAUCAGAGAAAAAGGGUCGGAGUAAUCGUGAUUAAGAGGGAAGAGAAGUAAAAUACUCUUCUCUUGAAAGUGAUCCAAGUGAAGGGCGGAGGAUUAAGAUUAUACGAGCCUGCUAGGCCAAGUAGUAGACACAUUAACGAGAGGUUUAUCUUACUUUGGAUGCUAUGGAAGGCUCUGCGACGCAAACUAUCGACCCUCUUGUGUUUCGUACGAUUGUCAGCCACGAAAAGUUAACUCGCCGCUUAGCGAGAUGUAGAAAACGUUUGGAGUUUUUUCACAAACAAAGAUGAAGUUCGAAAUGAUGGAUCGAGAAAAGGGCUUGAAAUUGUUUGGGAAAUUCAUACGAACGAAAAAAAUCGAAAACUUACAAGGAGAUCAGCAGAGAGGACCAGAACCCGUCCAUCCAAAUGACUCCAAGCAGAAACUACAGAAGUGCCUGACAACGUUAGACUUGACGUCCCUUGGAAUUGGAUCAUGCGUUGGGACAGGAAUGUACUUAGUAGCUGGCAUGGUAGCGAGAAGUGUUGCUGGACCAGGUGUCGUCAUCUCAUUUAUAAUUGCAGCCAUUGCUUCCAUAUUUUCUGGUGCGUGUUAUGCCGAAUUUGGUGUCCGAGUGCCUCACACGAGUGGCAGUGCGUACAUGUACAGUUACGUGACGGUUGGCGAAUUAAUAGCAUUCGUAAUUGGAUGGAAUAUGGUGCUAGAAUAUCUUAUAGGAACAAGUGCGUGUGCUUGCGCUCUUAGCGCUUGCUUAGAUGCCCUAGCAAAUGGAGCGGUUUCCAGUGCGAUAGCCAACAGUGUCGGGACUAUUUUUGGUCGACCACCAGAUUUCCUGGCUUUUAUUAUCACCUUGCUGAUGAUGGUACUUUUAGCAGCAGGUGUUAGGAAAUCUCUGGUGUUCAACAAUGUAUUAAACACAGUCAAUCUAGCUGUAUGGGUUUUCAUUAUGACUGCUGGGAUGUUUUAUGUUGACUCUACCAAUUGGACUGAACACAAAGGUUUUCUGCCUUUUGGUUGGAGUGGGGUAUUUACCGGUGCUGCCACAUGUUUUUAUGCCUUCAUUGGUUUUGACAUUAUCGCAACAACGGGUGAAGAAGCAACAAAUCCAAAGAAAAGUAUUCCUCUUGCCAUAGUUUCAUCUCUCAUUAUCAUCUUAAUUGCCUAUGUAACGAGCAGUAUGGUUCUGACGUUAAUUGUACCAUAUGACGAGGUUGACCAAGAUUCAGCUUUAGUUGACAUGUUCGGUCAAGUUGGAGCUUACAAGUGUAAAUAUAUAGUUGCAGUAGGUGCACUUGCGGGUCUUACUGUCUCCAUGUUUGGCAGCAUGUUCCCUAUGCCUCGAAUAGUUUAUGCUAUGGCUCAGGAUGGCCUCAUAUUCAGAACUUUGAGCCAAGUCUGGCCCAUCACUGGUACACCAGUUAUAGCCACCAUAACUUCUGGUGUAUUAGCCGCCUUUGUAGCAUUACUGAUUCAACUGGAAGUUUUAGUAGAAAUGAUGUCAAUUGGCACCCUGCUGGCCUAUACGCUCGUUUCAACGUGCGUGCUAAUUCUACGUUAUCAACCUCACUCAACAAAUCUGAUUGAAUUACUACCUCAAAGCCUUCGGACACCCUGCCGAUCACCAACUAAAGAGACACAGAGUAAUGGUCAAGCCGCUUAUAGUAAAGAAUUACGACCUGACCAGUUGACUACCGCUCUAAACACAGUUCAGGCUGCACAAACUGAGUUAAUAUCCAACAGCAAUGGUCAAAGAAUAACAGUGACAGUACGUCGUGUGAGAAGAGCAAAUAGUUCAUCACCAGACUCUGAUGACACUUACGGUGGGGAAGAAGAUGAUGUUGGUUUAGGGAAAGAUGAUCAAUACCUUGUGAGUGACAGGACAGAAAAUAAAUUUUACGGCAGCGUUCAUGCUGCUGCUGCAGCUUCUAGUUGUGGUAGUACUCACCAAUAUCCUGGAACUACUCCAAUUAUUGGACCUCCUCUCAACUAUCUUCAGCGACGAUUGCAGGCAGCACAAUAUUUAUGUCCAGCAAUAUUUCCGUGGGUAGAUAGAGGUCCUGCUACUGAGGCAUCUGGUCGUUAUGUGAUGAAAAUGGUUGGAAUACUCUAUUUACUCAUUCUUAUAUUUGACCUCAUUGUCGUAUGUGGAAUGGGUAAUAUGGGUACUUUUACGACGAUUCUGCUAUUUUUGUUUUUAUUUGCCAUUAUUGGAGUAUUAUUAGCAAUCAGCAGAAAACCCCAAAACAGGAAUACCGUAAUGUUCAUGACUCCAGGACUUCCCUUUGUACCGGCAAUAGCAGUGACCGUUAACAUUUACCUCAUAUUCAAGCUGAGUAUUUUAACUCUUGUAAGAUUUACGGUCUGGAUGACAUUAGGGUUUUUCAUGUACUUUUACUACGGAAUAAAAAACAGCUCCCUCGAACAGAAAGAUCCUGAUGAUAUAGGACACUCGAGUGAUAAUGUUGGUAAUAUAGAGCUGAAAAUUACCGAGCAUCACGGAGCUUCACCAUCACAUCGGUUCAAAAGCGAGCAAAGUCGCAGCAUCUACGAAGGACAACAGCUCGAUGCGUUUGGGCAGCCAGUUUUCGGUAAUACCAACUUUGGUGGUUCACCAAGUCAUACCACUUCUGCACCACAAUCACAAGCACACUCUCAAGGGUUCUUUGUACCUCAAGACAACUUCCCUACUUGGGAUGAUUAAAAAUUCAAAAUUUAUCAAACCGGCAUGCGUGAAUUUGCAAACAUAGCAGUUGAUUGAUUUAAAUGAUUCACUAGGUAGUGAUUUCUAGUGAUAAUAUGCCUUCCAUACAGGGCUACAUGUUUAAAUAUUUUCAACAACAAUAAGCUUGACAAAAAUAUUUUCAACUUUCUCAUUAUUCAUUAUUUCAAAAUUAAAUAAUUGCAAUAUGAAUUGUAAAUGAAAUAGUUACUUAGUAUAAGAAUUUCAUUAUUAUAAUUAUUUUUGAUGAAAAUAUUGAAGCAUUUUCUCUAGAAAAUUAGAAUGAUUUUUUGACGAAAUUUAACUUCAAUUAAUCUUUGAAUAAUGUACCAAAACGUUUUUAAACAAUAUUAUUUUCUGACUUCCGUAAAGUCUCAUUCGACAUGAGAAGUUCCAGUAUAAUUAUCUACUUAUUUAUUUUUUCAUAUGUUAAUUAAUACGAUUAUGAAGAUCAUUGUAUUUAAUACUAUUCCGUUAUAGGAUAAACUGCAUUUUAUGAUAAGUCUGUUAAAUUGAAUAAUAUAAGCAAUCGAGUGAUUGAAUCUGAAAGUAUGAAUGUUUACAGAGAGCGACACUUGAGAAAUUUGCUAAGUAAGACAAAUGUUUAAUCUAAUUUAUUGAAUUGCAAUAAUGUACCUUUUUUGCCUAAUCUAGUCUAUCUUAUGAAUUGUCAUCAUGAAUGUUAACUACUAAAAUUUAAAUUGAGUCAAAAGUCUGGACAAAAUUAGUUACUAUGUAAUUAUUUUUUAAUUAUAGAAGCUUCCAUUUUUGUAUUUACUCAAUGUUAUUUUUUAUAAUUUUAUUUUACUGAAAAUUUUGACAGACUUUUUGUCUUAAUAAUUACGAACAAUAUUCACAUUGAAUCAAUACUAAAUCGAUGAUUAUUGUUUAUCAAAAAGUUAGAAACUCCAGAUGUAAUACAAUUAUUUCUGUUAAUAAAUAAUGAACAAAGAGAAUAAGGGUCGGAUGAUAAUUUCAGAUAAAUGCUUGUCAAUCAGUUGAAUGAUUCAAGUAAUUAUACUGCCUCGUCUAACAUCUUAAAAAAGCUGUAAAGCAUUAGCUUUGAUUGAAAUUUACGAAGGCUACCUAUAAAGUGUAAAGAGUAGAAAAUAGAAUGAAAUGAAAACCGUUGGCAGGCACGACGGUUAAAUAGAAAGUGAACAAAUAGUCCUAUGCUCUCUGAUAAUUAUUUAAAAACUGUUAAAUGAUGAAAUACAAAACAAAUAAUAAACUAUCCAAUAUAAAUAAAAAGGUGCAUGCCGGAUAAAAAUAUGAAUGAUAUAAAUAUUAUAUAUCUUGUUUAUCACUUAAUUAUAUUGACAUUAAACAUAAAUAUGAUCGUUAACAAACCAAAAAACAUUAAAAAAAAAACAAAUGUAUUAUUCUGUGAAUGAACAGUGCCUGUACCCCAGACGCUAGUCAAGUAUUAGAAAUUAUUGUUCGUCUGAUUCAAAAUUCAAUAUCUUCGUAAAUGAUCGUAUAAGAAGUUAUAAAAUGAUAAUUAAUAAUUAUAAAUGAAAAGCACAGGAAAUUAAUGCGGAUGCAGGUGCAAAAGUAGUUUGAAAGUGCAGUCUUCGGAUUUAUAUUCCAUUUUUUGUAAUAAGUAUUAAAUAACUUGCACUGGUAGAUGAUCCUAAACAAUUUCGAAACAAAAAAACAUAUUGAACUGAUUUUUCAAUUAUAGAAAAUUUAUAAUAAAAUAUUUUAGAGUUACGGCUUGAUGUAUCAGUUUAAACGAUAUAUGCACCGUAUGUAUGACAACAUCGUAUAAAUAUUAUGAGGUAUACGGUUAGAAAAAAAUUAUAGUGAAUGAAAGAAAAAAUGUGAAAAAAUAAAUAAAUGAUUAAGAAGACUUUUUGCUUUUUUAGUUAGACUUUCAAAUUCUUAGAUAGGGUGAAAAGGCCUAUUUAAAAUAUAUGUAAGCGAGUUAAGAGUGUAAGAGUAUAAGAAUAAAUGCCCUAAAUAAGUAACAAAUUAAUUAAUUAUAAAUAAAUAAAAGAAUAUAAGUAAACGAUUAAAAUGAGUAAUAAAUAUCGAUGAAAAACUUAAGUUAAAAUUACUUAUAAAAUCUCGUUGAGGAUUGAAAUAAAUUAAAAAAUUAGGUUGACGGAAAGAAUAGAGAGACAAAUAGUAUGCAAAGAAUAUGAAAGCUUCCAUUAUAGUAGCACUUUUGAAUUAUUUAUUAAGUUUCCUCCAAAAAGUAUCUUAUCCAUGUUAUACAAAUAAUUGCAACUAAUCUCUCUUGUUUCCGCUCGACCCAUUAAAUGUCCAUCGUUAUUUUAAAUGAGAGCAUGUGUGUGUGCUGAAAAUAUUACUAUUGACUCGCAUAAACAGAAUCAUAAAUCUUUGAGAAAUAAAAAAAAGUUAUAGCCAAUUUUGAGGCCCAAUUUGACACGUUUGAACGUCUAAUCCAAUUUACUGUGGAUAGAUAGUUCUUUUAUCUUUGGAUUUUGACGCACAUUUGUCUUGAAAUUGACAGUGUGCUAAUUAUCAUCGUUACUAUAUGUAUAGUUUACGUAUAGCGUAUCAGAAAAAGCGAGAAAGAGAGUGCAAGAGUGAAAGAAAGAUAAACUAAUGUAUGAAGAAAGUUAACGAAUAUUAAGAUUAAUUAAUUAAUGUUUAAUUAAAUUGAAAUGAAGAAAGAUAAAUUUAUGAAUUAUAAAGAACGCGUUUUGUCUUCAUAUCCGUCAACUAUAAAUUAAUUGCAAUCUUGCAAAAUACAAACAACAACCAUAUCGUUUUAAAGCCAACAAUUUAACCGUGAAGAAAUGAAAAUAUAUAUCAUUUUUCAUGUCAAGUUCUUGAUAAUUAUUUGAGGAUAUUAUACUGUUAGAAGGAAGGUAUACUUUUUUAGAAGAAAGAGCUAAGAUUCCAGAAAAGGUCAAGCCCAAAUUUUUGGCAUGAUGUGGAGACGAUCAUUUUCCAUGUAAAAUAUAUACCCUCCGUAAUUACGUUAUUUAAUAUCGAUAAGGAUUAAAAUAAAAGUGAUUAUUCGAA